GACUCGCCUGAGGAUCCGCUGAAAGCGCAGCAUCUGCGGCCCGACGAGGCACAUGGCCGUGUGCAGGAGCUGCUGCAGCAGCGGCUACAGCAGAUUCUCCAACGAGGGCAGCAAGAGCGCCUGGAUGUGGCAAAGCUCCAGGAGCUUCAGCAGCUUCUUGUUGGCCUGGGACAGUGCGCGGACACGCAAGCCGUUCCGCAGUCACCCCGUUGGUCGCAGCAGUCACCGCGCUCGCCCAUGUCACCCUCCCGGCAGGAGCCGCCGCCGUCGUGCCCUCAGCAGCCCUCGACGCCACGGCCUGCGACGCCGCCUUCAGCUCCCCGCCACAAUGGGCUGCCACUGCUGGUGCCCAGGCAACAGGACCUUCCCCCGCGACAUCCUCCACACCUACAGGGCCCAGUCUCUCCUGCGGCCGCCUACGGGCCAACGCGGCAGCGACAGGCCACUCCCCCCGCUGAACGUCCUUCAACGCCCUCGACACCUCCGCGGGCACCAGGCCGAGAUGCAAAGGUUUGCGUGGACGAGUUGGGUCCCAGCGGUGCGAAGCCUGCGGAGAUACGGCCGGCGCCUGGUGAGGUGUCUGUCAGCCAGCGGCAAGGCUCCGAAGUGCCGAAGGCCUCCGGUGCCGGCGCCCAUGUCGCAACGCCCUCUCCGGCGAGGGAGGAGUCUGCGCCGGCACCUGCGCCUGUGCCUUCGCCGUCUCCGCCCUCGACAGUCAAGGAAGCUGCCGAGACGCUAGCGCGGCCUCAGGCUGCUGAGGCGCCCUCGCAAGCGGUGCCUGUGCCCGCUCAACCUAAUGUCAAGGCGCCGACGGCUCCCUCGCCAGAAGCAUCAGGCAAGCAGGUUGAGGCCAGGAAGGCCGUAGAGGAGCCGGCUGUGGCGACAGCGGCAGAGCCUGGCCCAGCAGCCACCCCGGCCCCGGCAGCAGGAGGCGAUGCGGGCAGCGGCUGGGACUCUGACGAUGAUGACGACUGGCGUGGAACGCAAGCAGCUGGAAGCCCUCUGCAGGCAACGGAAACUCCGGCUGCCGAUGCGGCCAAGCCGGAGGCAUCCGCUUCAGCCGUCGCCACGCCGCCGGCAGCGGCACCGCGC